CAAGCGCCAGCCGCGGAGGCGGCGGCGACGGCGGCAACGGCAUACGACGUUCGGUUAAAUGCCUCGUCGUGCGUGCGUAUGAGCGGGCGGACGAGUGAGUGAACGAGCGAACGAGCGAACGGCGGUGCGGCGAGUCCAUCGUGUGAUGUAGUUUGUGUACCUCGGUGCCGCGCGCGAGUGUGUGGAACGUGUGUGUACAUUCUUUGCUUCUCUCUCUUUCUCUUUCUCUCUCUCUCUCUCUCUUUCUCUUUCUCUCUCUCUCUUUCUCUCUCUCUCUCUCUCUAUCUCGCCGUCAUCGCGAGAGCGCUAUCAUCCCGAUGAGCGUUUCCGCGAUCCGCGAGUGAUUCACGGGGCCGACGGUUACUCCGACGGAUUAUCAGACGCAGCACGACGGAACCAUGACGGUAAUACGAGUCGACGAGCGUAUCAUCGUGCAGGAAACGCAACGGUUUUAAAGUGCACGUGAGGACUUGAAAAUGGCUACAAAAACUGACGAUACAGCAUCUAUCGACAAUCCUAACGAUGGAGAGAGUCUGGAUAAGGAAAUAUUAAACAUCGCUGGAAACGACGGAGGCAACCACCGAAUUCCACCAACGUAUUUGUACAAUACGGGGUCGGAACAGGGUACAAGAAUCUCAGAUCAGGAGCAAGGAGCUCGAAAUCGUAAUCCGGCCACGGAGGAUCAGUUGGGCCCGUUACCGUCCAACUGGGAGAAGGCAUACACAGAUACGGGAGAGAUUUAUUUUAUAGAUCACAACACAGGCACGUCUCACUGGCUAGAUCCGCGUUUAUCGAAGUUUCAAAAGAGAUCCCUGGAGGAAUGCCUCGACGAUGAGUUGCCUUACGGCUGGGAGAAGAUUGACGACACUCUGUACGGCACGUACUUCAUCGACCAUGUGAAUCGUAGAACACAAUACGAGAAUCCGGUGUUGCAAGCAAAAAGGGCGCAGCAAAGCCUGAUCGAAAGAAAGAGUCCCAACUUCACCAGAAAUCCCGACAAGCUGAAAGGUCAGAGGAUACGCACCACCUUGAUCAAGAGUUCAAGAGGCUUGGGAUUCACCAUUGUCGGCGGCGAUGACGCCGUGGAGGAGUUUCUCCAAAUUAAAAGCGUCGUGCCAAACGGUCCAGCCUGGCUGGAUGGGAAGCUACAAACCGGCGAUGUGUUGGUGUAUGUUAAUGAUACCUGCGUGCUAGGAUUCACUCAUAAUGAAAUGGUAAAUGUAUUCAAGUCAAUUGGCAGCGGCGAGACGGUGACUUUGGAAGUAUGCCGAGGUUACCCGUUGCCCUUUGAUCCAAAUGACCCUAAUACGGAGGUCGUGACUACGAUCGCCGUGAACGCACCAGAAGAUCCCGCCAUGUACAUGGAUUUGAACUCCUCUCUGCAAGCCAAUGGACGCUACAACUUCCUGGAUUCCACGUUUUUGCCGGUGCACAGUCUUCAGAAUGGCGAGAAUCUCGCCACUACGUCUGUCAAUUCGAUGCCCGAUCUCUGUAUCUCGGAUAAGAUUAACACGAUCAAGAGGCCAAGCAGUACGGACAUACUCUUGUCGGAGAGCAGCGAUCUGAACGACUGCAAGGACUCGCCAGUGUCUUCCAAGCCGGAGUUUCUCAGCAUCGCCAUCGUGAAGGGCGCGAUGGGAUUCGGAUUCACCAUAGCGGACUCCGCCCACGGUCAGAAAGUGAAGAAGAUUCUGGAUCGUCAACGUUGCAAGAACCUGAUGGAGGGCGACAUUCUGGUCAACAUAAACGACAUCAAUGUGAGAAACAUGUGUCACUCGGAAGUGGUGCAAGUGUUGAAGGACUGCCCACGCACCGAGGAGGCGUUGAUACACGUCCAACGUACGACGGCAAAGUCGAAGGAGAAGAAGGAGAAGAACACGCAAGAUUUCUUCAGGAGCAAAACGCCCACCGCGGAUAUCUACAGCACUCAGUCGAAGACCGUCAUACCUAGCCGACCGAAGACGCCAUUGAUCGAUACUCGAAAUCGUCCCAAGUCGCCGACCAGCGGCAGCAGGACCAACUGGAACGAAGUCCAAAGCGAGAACGAGCUGAAUCCGUUGGACAGCCACUACAAGUACUCUGAGUAUUCACACGGGAUGUAUUACUCGGAUCCGUACAAGGCCAACAUUACGAACUUGUCGGACAAUUUCGCGGCGAUGAUGAAUCUGGAUGACGAUUCCGUCAGGAACGUGCCAAAGCGAGACUGGUCGACGGGCGACAAGCUGAACAUUAACAAUGACAUGUAUUCCAUCGACAUUUCUCACCAUGACAAUAUACUCAAGCAGAAUGGCGGGUGCUUGCAUUCCGACUAUUACAAGGAUCUCUACGCCGUACAAUCGCAUUCCCAAUACAACGAGGACUACAACGCGUACUCUAUCGGGCAGGAGCAGAACGUCGACACUGGUGAAAUCUGGGACAAACGGAAGGAGACCACCAGUUUCGAGCACGAGCAGCCACGUUCCAGUUCCAUACCGCGGUAUCCGCAGUAUACGAACGAAUUAGUCUGUCCAAUGGUGCCUGACAUAGAAUGGAUAGAAACUCUGGUGACCUUAGUCAGACAAGACACCGGGUUUGGAUUUAGAAUAGUAGGCGGCACGGAGGAAGGAUCUCAGCAGGUCUCAGUGGGUCACAUCGUCCCCGGUGGAGCGGCCGAUCUCGAUAACAGGCUGAACACCGGUGAUCUGAUCAUGUCUGUCGACGGAGAAAGUGUCAUGAACUCUUCCCAUCACCAUGUGGUGCAGUUAAUGAUCGCGGCGGCGCAAAACGGCCGGGUGACUCUGGGAAUACGACGUCGAAUCAUCACGCAGGAACACCUCCAGGAGAAUCUACAGUCCUCUUACGGCCGGCAGAUGAAUCUGCAGUAUCCUUAUGACGUUACCGUCACGCGAAUGGAGAACGAAGGAUUUGGCUUCGUGAUAAUCUCAUCCGUUAAUAAGGCUGGCUCUACGAUUGGCAGGAUAAUCGAAGGCUCGCCCGCAGAAAGAUGCGGCAGACUAAACGUCGGGGAUCACAUUCUCGCUGUCAAUCACAUGGAUAUUACGAAUGUAUGCCACAAGGACAUAGUCAACUUAAUCAAGGACUCUGGUUAUUCCGUCACCCUGACGAUCGGAUAUCCGCUCGAUGAUUGCUGCAGCAACACGUCUCUUUCCCAAAAGACGUUGGUCCCUUCCUCUCAGGAUGAGCCGACAGGAGAUGGAGACGGCGGUCAGUAUCAUGCUGUAGAGCUAACUCGGGGCACCCGAGGUUUCGGCUUCAGCAUUCGCGGUGGUCGCGAGUUCCAAAACAUGCCGUUAUUCGUCUUACAAAUUGCUGAAAACGGCCCGGCGUCCAUCGAUAACCGUCUUAGAGUUGGAGAUCAGAUAAUCGAAAUAAAUGGAAUCAACACUAAAAACAUGACGCAUACAGAAGCAAUUGAGAUCAUACGUAACGGUGGACCAUCUGUUCGUCUGUUAGUACGACGUGGCUGCCAAAUGCCUUCAGUGGUAGGUGCUCCUCCACAUCUCUACGAUAUGAACAUAUAGAAUUAACCAUUUUGAUAAUAACAUAUUAAUCUUAAAUUAACGACAUUUUCACCACCCACUGUCCCCUUUUGACGAUACUAAUUCUAACACCAGCACUUGUAUAGAGUCUCUUUGAUGAUCUGAAAGACAGAGCUUCAGAGUAUAUAACGUUAGUGUUACUACGCUAAGAGCGAAAAGAAGAGAAAAUGAAAGACAAUAUGGAAAAAAAAAAGAAAGAAUUUCUCGAAAAGACUUUUAUUUUGCUGUAUCAAUAUGCUACGGCAGGAAUAUUAAUCUAGAUGUUUCAUAAAGAAAGGAGAAUUUGUUACAUUGUAUAGUAUCUAGUAAUCUUUCACCCGAUAGGAGGAUAAAUUGUAGUAUACAUUUUUUGUGAAAAUUGUACACAGUUAAUUUUUGCAGCUAACUCUAGUUGCGCGAUACGUAUCGUUUCGCUUCCGACGAUAUUUACAUAACUACGGACAGUUUAAAUCGUAUAAUGUAUCGCAAAUACAUACUCGGUUUCAAAACAGUUUGGACACUUCUUGCGAGUACAACGAGUGAAUUUAAAUAGUCGCAUUUACGAACCAUCACUUACGGACUUGUGUAUGUGUGAUCAAUUUUCAUAGCAGACAAAGUAACAAUACACGGUGUGAAUACUAAUCCUUUGUACCAUUAUAUAUUCUUAUUUAAGAAAUAACGAUAUGAUAAAGGUACCUCUUUUUUUUUCUGAAUUCUUCCUCGCAAUUGUGAUAUCAAAUAUCUCAGAUAUUUCAAUUUUUGUCAUAGCAGAUUACCGCACAAAUUCGUGAAUGGUGACUGGCAAUCAUGACCAUUUGAUGCGUUUCUAUCAGUUUUAUCAGAACAGAAAAGUGUUCAAAUCGUUUCGCAAACGAGUGCACACUUUGCCACCAGUGAUUAUAUUUGUACUUGUCUUCGCGUCUAGAUAAAGCACUGAAUUCAAUUUGAUAACACAAAAAAAAGUGAUCCAUUUGUGAAGAUAACUAUCGAUAAUCAGUGACAAUGAAAAGUUUUUACGGCAAUUAUUGCGCUCGUGUCGCUGUAAAUAAACAGACGUGAUUAGUCGACGUUCUCUCAUCAGAGAGCGAAUAUUGAAGUGGGGACACAGAUGACAUUUCUUUGUCACGCAGCUUGCGAAAGUCUUAAUACAUAGAGGAACAAUUGUACUCUUGCUCACUCUAACAAAAAUUAGGCUGGUGCUAACCUCUAGUUUCUCCUUUAGUUCUCCUCCCCUUUAUUAUGGAUCUAAUUGCAGAGUUAAAUGUAAUUUAUCCUAACACGUGUGAUAGCUUUGAAAGUAUUGUGCCUUGUUGCGCGUGUUCCAUAUAUGCAAUAACGAAAUUACUAAGUAAAUAUCGCAGCCUUCGAGAGUGUUUGUAAAACCAUCAUUGAAAUUCGUUGUAGAGUAAUCUCACGAUCAGCCAAAUAAGUAUUCGACCGAACGAUGAGGGCACCCCGCGCAGGCAUUUAUCGAAAUUACCCGAGAGGGGUGUGCCCCCCAAAAAACGUCAGAAAGUUCGAUUUUCCAUUUCACUGAACUGCUGUUCGUCCAAAAACAGAUACUUAUAGCGAGUGCUUUCGGCGAAGAGCGUUCUUUGCAUUUCUCAAAUAAGUAUAUACACACAUGUAUGUAAUGAGAAGUAAGUUGAUAUGUUUCGUAAGAUUGAUUUCACGGAGAAAGUAAUCUUCACGGCGCAUUUAUACGCGAUAUUUUAAACGUUACGACUGUUGUAGUUCUGCGAGAGAGAAACAGGUCCUUCAUUUAUAUAAAUGCGAAAAAUUGUAAAUCGUGCGUAACUUGUACUAGCGUAAUACGACACUAAAAAUAUGUUGUAACAAGAAAAAAAAAGGAAAAGAAGCGUCAGCAGCAGAUGAAGUGACAAGUAACUCUCUACCAUACGUUAUACUGCUGAUGCAAAUAGCAUUGAUACGUAUAAAGAAUUUCGUAAUUUGAUGCGUUUUAUCAUGUAAAGACGACAGGCGCAGCUGUAUACUUCGUACGCUGUGAAGUGAUAUUGUAGACUGGCAAUUUGUAUAAUUAUCGAAUUUAUAUUAAUCGUCUGCACUUCUUAAUAACGUUUAUCAAAAGGCGUAGGCUCUUCGAAAUUCUAGGCUUCUGUCGUGGAACACCACUGUCCUUUCUGUGAAGAUUUUGUCCUUUUAAAUAGCGACAUGAUUGUGGCCUUGACGAUGAAAUAGUUACGCUUUUCGAUAUCACAUAAAAAAGAUCUGAAAGAACUAGCAACUGUUUAUACUAUUAAUUAACUAUAAUGAUUCUAUACAUUACUCUGGACGUAUUAUAAACACUCGGAGAUUCUAUCGAUGCCUGAUUCCUCCUUGUUUUUCUUUCUGAAUAUUUAUUCCCGCUUAUACGAGAUGUAUAUGUAUGUCAUUAAUUAAAGUAACUAAGGACUCAUGCAACCAAAGAAGCAGAUGCACUUAUCAGCCGCUUUGUUUUUUGAGUGGUGGAAGAUAAUUACGAAAGAGUUUAUUAUUGUAAUAAUUACUUAACCGACCUCACACAUACACACACACAUACACACACACGGGGGCGACAUAAUUGUUAGUUUGCCCGCGAUGAUGAAGGUGAUGUUUCUAUAUCGACAAGAGGUGAGACGAUUAGCGAGCGGAAAUUCUGACGGAGGAUGAAUUAGACGGAAAUUUUUCUUAUUCACUCUUCCUGUGUCUUUUUUCGAUAUUUAUGAAUGUUACACGUUUGAAAGAAUAGCGUAUAUAUAUUUUUUUACUUGUAAAAUAGUAAGAUAAUACGAUGGGAAUAUUGUCCAGCACGUUAUAUUAAUAUAAGGGAAACAAGCGAAGGGGGAAGGUCAAACCAGAUUGUAUUUUUUAGAUCUCAGAAUUGAAAUAAGAGCGGAGAAACACACACGGCGUUAUAUAUUAUACACACGUGUAUGUAAAAACGCGCGAGCGAAUCGUUUAUUCGUCGUAAACGUUUAAAACGAACAAUUCGCACGAGUGAUAAGCAGCAGCAAACGCAUUUAACUGAAAUCACACAAUACCCAUUUUAUAAUCAUCGCGUUUAUUUUUUAUAAUUAUAUAUAUACAUAUAUAUAUAUAUAUACAGAAUUUGUAAAUUUUGUGUAGGAUAUCGUAAGUAAGUUUGGUAUAAGUGUAUAUAUUUGUUUUUUGAAAGGACAAUGUUGAUAAUAUGUAAGGCUAAUGUAAGAAGCAAUAAUGUAACGUCGAUCGCGAUUUUAUCGACUCGAAGUUCACUCGCCGUGUAAUCCGAGUCUUUUUUUACUACUCGUUUUGCCCGCUCUCUUGCCAAAGCCACCCCCCACAGCUAUACGACACGAUAUUAUAUUCUUAUUUUUUCGACACACGACUCAGGCAGCUUCUCGAUGCGAUGGCGUGGCGAACGACUCAGCGUUAGCGCUCGGGAGGAAAAAAAGAAACGUCGAAAAACGCGUUUUCGCAUUUUUCCACGAAAAUGUCAUGUAUUGCGUUUCGAGUAGUAAAGAAAAAUAGCAGCUGAUUACGUAGAUCGGAUUUUACGCGCUGCGCAUCAUACGGCAAGUUAAUUUACCGUUCGACUGAUGAUUUCGCUGAUUCGAUUUGAUCCCUCGGUGAUUCUUUAUAUACUAUGAGCUUUGUAUAUUUAUUGUAACACACGAAUGUAAACCGAAUUCUAUAUACAUGUCCGUUACACCUUUGAGUAAAUGUCGUUGAAUGAUCCGAGAUAAAGCCAGAGAAAGAAACUGAUAUUGUUACUAAGAAUAUAAUAUACUACCAUUAUUAUAUUGUUGUUGAGAAAUAUACUGAGAUAAAAUAAAUGCUACAUUAAAAGAC